AGUGAGUGAGGGAGCAACAAAAAUAAUCCUUACCUUAUUCUUCUCACACACAACAAAACAAUAUUAGUAAUGGCUCAAACCAUGUUGCUCACUUCUAGUGUUUCAGGCCAAGCAUUGGAUUUGAAGAGACAACCAUUGCUUGAAAGACUCAAACCCAAACCAUUCUCUCACAUCUUACUACCCUCACGUCCCUCUUCUUCUUCAUUUCAUGCAAAUACCACCACUGCUCUCUUCAAAUCAAAAGCCAAAGCUGCCCCUGCCAAGAAGGUUGAAAAACCAAAGCCAAAGGUUGAAGAUGGUAUUUUUGGCACCUCUGGGGGGAUUGGUUUUACCAAGCAAAAUGAGCUCUUUGUGGGUCGUGUUGCGAUGAUCGGCUUUGCUGCAUCUCUGUUGGGAGAAGCAAUAACAGGGAAAGGAAUUCUAGCACAACUCAAUCUUGAGACCGGUAUUCCCAUCUAUGAAGCUGAGCCUCUUCUUCUUUUCUUCAUCCUUUUCACCCUUCUUGGAGCCAUUGGAGCUUUGGGAGAUAGAGGCCGCUUUGUCGAUGACCCUCCCACUGGCCUUGAAAGGGCUGUCAUCCCUCCUGGCAAAGGACUCAGAUCCGCAUUGGGCCUUAAAGAAGGAGGUCCACUAUUUGGAUUUACAAAAUCAAACGAGCUGUUCGUGGGACGAUUGGCUCAGUUGGGGAUUGUAUUCUCUAUAAUUGGAGAAAUAAUAACAGGGAAAGGAGCUCUGGCACAGCUAAACAUAGAGACAGGAGUUCCAAUUGGUGAUAUUGAGCCCCUUGUGUUGCUCAAUGUUGCCUUCUUCUUCUUCGCCGCAUUGAAUCCUGGAACUGGAAAAUUUAUCACAGAUGAGGAAGAAGAAAAGUAAAUGUUAGUUUUUGAGAUUUUUGCAAGAAACUGUCAUGUAGUUUUUUCUUCAUGUAUGUAAUAGUAAUCUCAAACUUAAAAACACUAGUGAUUCUUUGUUUCCUAGA